CACUUUAGUGUGCGAGAGCUGGCCAGCAUUGGAGUCAUACUCGACAUAGCCUGCGUGUCUGCAGUCUACUUACAGCUGGCUGUGAGCAGAACUGACGCUACUUUGCUCCUAUUAUUGCAUACGUUUGCAAAGUCUUUCUCCAAACUCACCUCUAAGUAGUCUUCUAUCACGGUGAUUUUUGUUUGUUUUUCUACGGAGACUAAAGUAGGAGGCUGGGCCUUUUAACUUAGGUGUCUGUCGCCUGAAAAAAAAAAAAAAAAAAGAACCAGCAACUUGACUUAUUUUUGUUGUCGGUAAGGGUGAGAAAAAAGGGCGAUAAAUGCUACUGACGAAAAUGGAUCUGUUGAAUUUCCAGUACCUGGACAAGAUGAACAACAACAUUGGCAUACUCUGCUACGAAGGAGAAGCAGCCUUGCGAGGAGACCCCCGACUGCAGUCUCUCUCCCUGUCCUCAUCUUCUUCCUCCUCUUCCUCCUCCUCCUCAUCUUCGUCAUCCAUCUCCAGCCACAGGACGGGCCCGCCACCCAUCAGCCCCACCAAGAGGAAGCUGAGCGGGGAGCAGGGGGACAGCGACAUGGACGACAACGAGCACGUGGCCAAGAUGAGCCGUCUGUUCGCCGCACAGUUGAAACCUCAUGGAGACUAUCGUAGCUCCUCCAAGGACCAGAGUCGCAGUCCCAUGGAGCGUGUAGUGGUGCCCGGGGCUCUCGGCAUCCACGCCAACCACCUGUACAGCCACGCCCACCUUCAGCACCAUCACCACCACCUCGCCAGUUUAGCCGCCUUGGACCAGCCGCUGGCGCUCACCAAAAGCAGCGGCAUGGCGGAACGAAGCAGCGUGGCGACUCAUGUUGCCUUGCCGCACGCCGUCACGGAACGCCAGCAGAAUCGUCCAUCGGUGAUCACAUGCGCCCCUGCUAACAACCGCAACUGUAACCUGUCACACUGCCCGCUUUCACACAACGGCUGCUCAAGCCUCACUAACAGCUAUAGGAGGGGACACGCCAACACGGCGUGCGACCCCGUCAUCGAGGAGCACUUCCGUCGCAGCCUGGGCAAAAACUACAAGGAGCCCGAAGCAGCGGCGGCUGCAGCGGCCGCCACGGCGACAGCCACUAACUCGGUGUCCAUCACGGGCUCGGUGGACGACCACUUUGCCAAGGCGCUGGGCGAGACCUGGCUGCAGAUCAAGAACAAGAGCGCGCCGUCGUCAUCCACCAGCAGCCCCAACUCCUCACCCGACAGCCGCAUGAUCAACCACAACCACUCCCCUUCUCUGGUCUCCUGAAGAGGACGAGCAGGGAUUUUGAAGAGGCAGCGGUUCCCGACGGCGGCCUCCUUGAGGGAGCGCCCGGCCUGCUGGUUUGCUUAACACAAAUCACCCCCGCUGAGGAUCAAGUGAGCAAUAAGGAACUGAUGAGGAACUUGAACGUGGCAUCCUCGUGAGCCUUUUGUAGUUAUUUGUACAUAAAGGAACUGUUUUCUUUGUAGAGCUUUUUUAUUUUGUUGUUUGUUUAACUGUAGUUUGGCUAUUCUGCAUCUGAAAGACACAAAAGCGAGUAACAAAAAGGCACCUGACCGUGCCACCAAAGAAACCUUGAGCCUCUUUCACACUGCGCGUCAAAGCUUCGCUGACCGGACUGAGACGUCAUAGAUGACUUGAUUAAUUAAUGGGGACGUUGAAAAGCUGGGCUACAGGUGUGACCCGUGUGACCUUUGACACACUUUGGGUUGGGCACUGGGCCAGGAUUAGCCUUUUAAGCCUGGUGUACUGUUUCAGGUUAAGGUGAGGGUAGGGUUUAAGUUAGAACUAUUUAAAAAAAAAAAAAAAAAACGUUUUAUGCCGAUUCUGAUUUUUGUCAUAGAAUUUCGAUAACUGAUCACUUGGCCAACUUACUUUAGGGUUGCAAACUGGGGUUUCACUACAGGAAUUGGGUUUCAACUUUAUGUUUUCAAGUCUGCAAAGCUGCCUGAUGUAAAAAGCAGUGUGAAAGGUCCCAGUGGUUCUCUUACACCAUUGGCCAAAAGCAUUGGCAACAGACGUUACGCUAAUGCUAACAGUUGACGUCUCCUCAAAAAGUUACUUACCCUGCUUCACUCCAAUGCUUUUUGCAUGUGUUUUUGUUUUGAAUAGCUGGUAUCUAUUAGUAAGCAUUUCAACUACUUCUGAUUAGCCUUCUUUUAAAUUUUUAUUUUUUCUUGUAACACGCGUUAGACAAUAUACACUCACUGCUGGAUCAGUUGUACUCCAUGUUGUUAUAUCGUUGACGUUACUACGUCGUGUGUGUGUUUUUUUUCUUUUUGUUUUUUUUAAAUACAAACGUGUGCUAGCAAACAUCUUUAGCUAGUGGACAGGCUCUGCUAAACAUUUUGCUAACUGAACUGAGAAAAGAAAAACAAAGGCAAGCGUUGAUGUUGAGUCAUCAGUGGUACCGCAUGCUAGCUCCUUGUAGCACACUGUGCUCACCAACGUCCGCUGGCGUGUGUAAAGUGCCCGCCAAGCAGAACGGUUCAGCGUAGACCUAUACGCAGUCUUGGAAAAAUGGCGUCUCGAGUGACAGAAAACUACGUACUCUUAUGAUCUCUUUUGCAGGCAAACAAAUAUAUAUGUCAACACGCAUGUGUUUCCCCCAAAUUGUGGAUUUUGUAUUUCCCGCUUGGUGGAAACGCUUCCAACAAAAAGCUUCUGCAACACAUUCCAUUCUUAUUUGAGGACUACAACUAAGAUGGCCCCUUAUACAAAAGUGCCGUUCGCAGGAGCUGUGCUUCUGUUUGCGCAAGAAUCGUAAAGUCACCCGCUUGCUAAGUUUGUCAUUUCACUACCAUGCUUUAGUUUGAAGCCUGCCUGUCUGCAACACACACACACACACACACACACACACUGUAGGAAAAUGACUUUUCUUUUUUAAUAGGUAACUAUAAGACCAUCAUUACGCUGUGCGUAACGGAUGUACAGAGAAAACAAAUCGUAGGUAUUUUUCAAGGAACAAUUAUUUGUUAAUGAUAUGUAGCUAUUUAAUUGCUUCUUUCUGUCCUCAUAAUCAUUUUCUUCAUGCUGAAAAAGUUGAUCUUUUUUGUUGUCUUGUAAAAGGUUCAAGUGCAGGAACACACAAAAAAAAGCCACUGGACAUUGUCAGUGACAAUCGCUACAUCCAUCAAUUAUUUAAUUAAGGAAAAAAAAAUGCUCGACCCUUUUAAGUUUGAUGACUUUGCUACUAGUUGUCAGCUCCAACGCUGGUUGUUUCUUUACCCAAGUCUUCCAAAAAUCAACAUUUGUCAAACAAAUGCAAGCGUUUCAGUCUUUAAUCAACACGGGCGAUGCGGUGACCAAUCGCAUACUUUGUGGUCCCCUUUGUUUUUUCUUUGUUUCUUAUUUUUACAAAUAGCAUGUAUUUAGUGCUAGGAUCUCUCAACUGUUAAAAAGAAUGCACACAAAGUGUUUGUGGCUGUGUCUCCUACUGAAAAGGUUUUGGCAGGCCACCUUUUUUUGUACGUAAAGUAGCCUUGAUGAACAAUAAAGUGCUUUCAAAUCA